AUGUACCCCGAAGGGCAUCCGCCCCGCCCUUGCCGCCCACGCCUGUUCUCCCGCAGCCACAAGUGGAAGCGACAGUUUUGCAAACCCGUGGACCUCGGCUUUGGCGCCCAGAGACUUUCCAGCGGCGCUUUCCCGGGGGUCUGCUCUGCACCUGCGCUCGCCCGCCGCCCGCGGUGCGGGGGGGCCGCCCCGCCUCCAACCCGACACGCCUCCCACCUGCCCCGCGGGCCCGCCUCCAGCCCUCCCCGGGUCCCGGGUCCCGGGUCCCGAGUCCCGGCGGAGGUGCGCAGCCCGGUGGCGCCCCGAGCGCCCCGAGAGCGGGCCGCGGGCUCCGCGGCGGCCGCGCGGGGGGGGGGGGUGCGGCGGGCGAGAGGGGCGGGGCGCGGGCUCCCGCCGCCGCCCGCAGCCGCCCGCCCUCCUCGCGCAGCCAGCGCUCCGCCGGGCUGAGGACCCGGGAGUCCGCGGCGCCGGCUCGGGGCUGCGGGAUGGGGAGUUAGCGCCACGGCGGCCGCAGUGGCCGCAGCGCAGCCGGCCGCCGCCGCCGCCGCCGCCGCCGGGCCGGUCCCGCCGGGGACGCCGGGCGCGGCCAGCCCGCCC